UAUAUUUUGUCAAACUUUUACCAAGCGAGGGAAGAACAACCCUUUUGUUCAAGGUAUCAUCGAGAAGUAACACUGCUGAUUGAUACGAAGAAAUUUCUAAAAAAUGAAGCUUUGCGCUAUUUUGUUUCUGGUUUGUUGUUUCCUGCAGUUCGUAACCGGUUGUCACUACGCUCAUUGCAUAAGUAAACGUGGCGUUCUACAUAGGGGAAUAUGUAAUAGGCCAUCAGUUGCCCAGAAAAACAACGAUGGUUGGACUCACGAAGCUCUUGCUGAAGAACUUGACAAUUACGGAAUUGUUGGGGCGUUGAAAACUUGUGUUUUAAAUAACUUGGUUGGAACCACAGUGAACACACCAGUGAACAGCUUGCUAGUUCGACGUGAAGUGCAGCUGACAAGCAUAAGAGAUUUAGUUGAACAACGAUUGGCAAGUGUUCAAUGUCAGGGGUAUGAAGAUGUGUGUAGACAAGUGGAGAGAUGCGCGAGUGAAAUCUUUCAACCAACUCCGCCACCAACUGUACAACCACCAAUACGGGGAAAUAACCUGCCGGCAACGUUUCUUUCUGUAGAUGGGGCUGAAGAUCGAAUCAAUACGGGCAUAGUGCCUUUGCGAUCAAAUUUAAGAAGAGUACAACAAAAGUAAAAUAGUUUAUUGAUGCGUUUUCAAGUUACAUGUUGAGUUUUCAUGUCUCUUUAAAGUGAGUAAAUGUAUACAGCAUAUAUUUAUCGUUCAUGGCGUUUUGACAUUCAUAAUAUAACAUUACAAUAAAUUAAAUCCGCGUGUACA